AUGUAUUUGGUUUCAUGUGUAGUGAUGGAAGAUGAGAUAAUGCAUGAUCCAUCUGAUGAUCAGCAGCCACGUUCUGAGCCCGAGAUUAUUGAUGGAGCUGCUAUGAAGAAAAAAGUGAGUAGACCAAGAGGUCCUACAAAAGGGAUACAUUCCAAACUCGAGGUCCAAAGAGUACUUCAGUGGGAUGAAUUAAUACGUCCGACUGGGGAGUAUGCUGGUGCGUACAAAAGAUAUUGCGGUAAAAUUAGUAGAAGCAAAGUGUCUAUCUUAUACAACAGUUGGGAUGAUGUUCCAAAAGACAUAGAAACGACACUAUGGGAAGAUGUUAAACUGUGGAGAGAUUUCAAGUCAAGAUUGGUGACUAGAUGGAUUACAAAAACGAGGAAGGGGUUUAACAAUGAUACGCAACCAUUCGUGCUUUAUCCUUUUAUCACGCAAGAGAUCUGGGACCAGUUUGCGAAAGAAUGUAUCUCAAAAGAUGUUAAGGUUGCUAACAAGCAUCUUCAUUUUUUGGAUCAAAAGUCAUAUGUGGAGAUGAUUCCCAUUCGAAAACGCAAAGGGUAUAUCCCUUCAUCCUCUACAGCAUCAUCAGUUGACUCAUCUACAUCAUUAGUGGUUUCCUCCUUGUCUGAUCGAACAUUGCCAUGCCUUCUCGCGAGAUCGAAAAAAGAUAAAAAUGAAAAUUAUGUCUUUCAUAAUGAAGAAACACAAAAGAUAAAAGAGCCCAUUGAUGAUUGGAAAAGUAAAGAAAAUGAAGGAGAGUUUGUUUCACGUCGGAUGGAUGGUGCUCUAUCACGUGUUUUGCAAAGUAAAGACCAUUUUGAGCGUGUGUUAACAGCUGAAAAUAGCGUUGAGAUUACAUCUGUUUGGGGUGAUCCUGAUCGAAGCAGUACUGCUCGCAAAGGAAGGGGCAUGGAUGAUGAGGAGAUGCAGGCGUUAGAGGCUAGAGUGACCCAAAGAGUUAGAGAUCAGACGAUAAAAUAGAUGAACUCAAAAAUAGAUGCAUUAGUUCAAGAAAGGAUCAUGGCUUAUGCGGCACAAUUAGGUAUGCAAGUACCAAAUCAAACAAGGAAAAAUCCUCAUACUCCAGUUGGUCUGUAGUCAUAUUCCAUACAUGAUAUUAACGACCUCAAAGAACUUUUGGCGCAAUACUUUGUACGGGUCAUCGAAGAAGAAGGAGCAAACUAACUUGUUAGUAUUUGUAUUAGAUUGAACAUUUGUUGAAUUGGUUGAUUGCAACAUUGGUUGCUUGUUUGAGAUGUAUGAAACAGGUUUUGUUUAUAUAAUAUAUAAACUUUCCCCAACAA